AUGAAUACAUACUCGAAUAUGCUUAUUAAAGUAGAUCUAUCGAAACAUUUUAAUUCAUUCGACUACUCGGCUUAUUUCGUCAUUGUCAUUUUACAAAGAUCGGCUUUAACAACCAAACAUGUUCAACUUAAGGACCUUUUCAUGCCUGAUCGAGCUGAAGCUAGUUACUGUGAACAACUUUGUUUAGGACGGGGUUUCAUGACUGGAGUUCAAAAAGGAGCUUACUGCACUUGUUAUUACAGAAUAAGACGUCAUCGACGAGGCGCAACGUUAACUGAAGUUGCGCGCAAAACAAACGUUUUGGAAAAUUCGUGA